CACUAUCCCACACCACACUUGACACUACCCCUCCUUUAUAUAUUCCAAUUUCAACGCAAUCAAACAGGAUUACAUUCUAGAGAGAGAAAUAUGGGCAUAUGCAGCUCCUGUGAAUCCACAUCCGUGGCUACGGCCAAGCUGAUACUCGGCGACGGGAGAUUACAGGAAUACCCCUAUCCUGUUAAGGUCUCCUACGUAUUGCAGAAGAAUCCCGCCUUUUUCAUCUGCAAUUCCGACGAUAUGGAUUUCGACGACGUCGUAUCGGCGGUCAGCGACGACGAUGAGCUGCAGCCUGGCCAGAUCUACUUCGCGCUGCCUCUCAGUCAGCUCAGCCGCCGCCUUCAGGCGGAGGAGAUGGCCGCAUUGGCCGUCAAGGCAAGUUCGGCUCUCAGCAAGAGUAUUCUGGUGUUUCCAGGUGAGAAUGAUCUGAGGCAGUCGGUGAAGGAUGGUAGAUCUGGGGGGAGGAGAUCCGGCGGCGGCGGACGGAGAGGGAAGGUCACGGCGAGGCUCAGUGCGAUACCUGAGUAGGGGUAUUUUAGGAAUACGAAAUGUCUCACAGUGUAAAUAUUGUGCGUAAUGAUUAGUCGGGGUAACUUUUUUUGUUUCGUUUUUAACUAAAUUUUGCGUUGAGAAAAGUUGCAGGAAUUAAGUAGAAACUUCAUAUCGGAAUUUAGCAUUCUCUUUUUCUUUUCGAAUUAAUUGCGCAAUAACUUUGCCAAACCCAACUUUGAUAAUGAAAUCCUUUGAUGUUGAUACCCUCUUA